AUGCUCUUUCACACAGCAACAUGUUCUUCGCCCUCUUACAACGGGGGGCCUCAGGUCUUCAUCUGGAGCUGCCUCAUCAGCUGGAUAGGGGUACUCGCCCAGGCCGCCUCGAUGGCUGAGAUGGCGUCUCUCCAACCCAUCGCUGGCGCUCAAUAUCACUGGACUUGGGCAUUCGCCCCAAUACGGAUGAAGAGAUUCCUCACCUGGCUUCAAGGAUGGCUGACCUGGUUUGGAUGGAUCUCUCUACUCUGCGGCAUUGUCAAUGUAACUGCGGGCCUGCUGCUAAGCCUCGUCAAUCUGUGUAUUCCAGAAUACAGUCCAAAGGAUUGGCAUCUCUACUUGACCAUCGUCGCGCUCGCGGUGACGCAAGCUGCAUGUAACAUCUUUGCGUGGAAGGUUUUGCCGGCUGCGGAAGUCGUUGCAGGUUGGCUACAUUUGCUUCUAUUCAUCGUCUUUGUGGGCGUGCUGGGCGGCAUGGGAUCAAAGCAUAGUGCUGACUAUGUGUUCACUCAUUUUGAGGUAUCCUCGGGCUGGGCAGGGAAUCGAUUCGUGGCGUGGAAUCUGGGCAUGCUGUCAACUACGUGGUCGCUGACUUUUACGCAGUCACUGGUUUUGACGGCACCGUCCACAUGUCUGAAGAAGUUCGCCCUGACAAUCGCACUCAACGGCGUACUCGGUUUCGCCAUGGUCAUAGCAUUGCUCUUUCCCCUGGGGCCUCUGGAAGAAGCGCUUGAAGCAGAGUGGCCGAUCCUAGCUAUCCUACUCGACACCACUGGAUCUGUCCAAGCUACGACUGCGCUCAUGAGCCUGCUUAUCGUGGUUUCGUACUUCGUUGGCGUUGCAGCUACGGCUACUGUAAGUCGACUUACCUGGACCUGGAGUCGGGACGGAGGACUGCAUCCACGAAUCUCAGUAGUCAGCCAACGCUUUCCCGUCCCUGUUGCUGCUGUGAUCUUACCGACGGUUCUUGUCAUCCUCCACGCUCUGCUAGGACUCGGGUCAUCUGCCGCGUUCGGUGCAAUCAUCGCCCUGUCUUCACUCGCGUUGUACGUCUCUUACUUCAUCGCCAUCGCAUGUAUGGUGUGGACUCGACUCUCGCAACCUCUCGAGCUGGGGACCUGGAAUCUGGGAAGAUGGGGCUUGAUGAUCAAUCUCUUUGCUGUGGUCUACACGCUCUGGAUUAUCAUCUUCCUGCCAUGGCCAAGCUCAGUGCCUGUGACAGGCGCAGGAAUGAAUUAUGCCAGUCCGAUCUUUGCAUUCUGCGCGCUCUUCGUGCUCACCACUUGGCUUUUCUGGGCCCGGACGCACUGGAAUGGCGUGAGCGGGAAGGUCGUGGAAUAUGUGUUGACUUCUGAGGAGUGA